UUGGUCGGCAGAUUCGACAAGAGCGAAGACGUCAUACUAAGUCAUUGAAGCUGAAUUAGGGUAAUCUAAAAAGUCUUUAAAAAACUGCCGAGAUUUCCAAAUAUCCUGUUCAUGACCCAUGCAGAGGUAGAAGCUAUAUUUGAACCACAUAAUGGCCAGCAAUAAGAGUCCACUGACUGAUAUCUCUAAAGAAGCCUGGAUGAACAGAUUACAAGGGCUACAUAUCACAAGAGGAGACAUGAACAAACUUGUCAUGAAUUAUUUAGUCACAGAAGGGUUCAAGGAGGCUGCAGAACGGUUCCAAUGUGAGUCCAGUACUAAACCCAUGACAGAUCUAGACACUCUGAAUGAGAGAAUACUAAUCAGAGAGGCAAUCCAAGAUGGCCACAUUGAAGAUGCUAUAGCAAAGGUCAAUGAACUUCAUCCAGAACUACUUGAUAAUGAUAGAUAUCUCUACUUUCAUUUACAGCAACAACAUCUGAUAGAGCUUAUACGUAACAAGGACUUAGAGGGCGCUCUAACAUAUGCACAGACGCAUCUAUCCGAGAGAGGAGAAGAGAGUAUGGACGUGUUACCAGAGCUAGAGAGAACGUUAGCAUUGCUUGCAUUUGAAGACCCAACAUGCUCACCAUUCUCUGAUCUUCUUCAUCCUUCACAAAGACAAAAGGUUGCAAGUGAAUUAAAUGCUGCCAUCUUAGAAGCAGAGAAUCGUGAAUCAACUCCUAAGCUGACCAACCUACUCAAACUAUUGCUCUGGUCACAGGAACAACUGGACGCUAAGAAGGUCAAGUUUCCAAAGCUUAAGAACCUCGCUUCCGGAGAAUUUGAGGAUCCGAAAUAAACUCUCUCUAAUCACUUAACCGUGGCAUUAUUUAUUCCAGAUGAAAUGAUGGGUACCUUCAGGUUGAAUGGCUGAAUUGAUCAGCACCGGUUCUUCAGAUUCGCAAUAAGUACAUUUUUCUCUGUUACAGACAAGAUUAUGAUGUCUCUGGAAUGAUUCUGUAUAAAUGAUUGUGUAGGCAAGUAAGCCCUUAUUCAGAGGGGAAAAUGAAAGAUUGUGUAUUUGACCAUGUGUUGCUAAAAGCAAUGAUUUUCAUGCUUUGCUUUUCGUAAGAAAAAUAUGCAUGCAUUUUAAUACACAUAUAACUGGUGCAGAGAUGAUGUAGAUUUCAUAGGAGUUAACUUUCCUUCUAUUUAUUGCUCAAUAAAUGGAUUUCACUUCAGGACUUUAUAUCAAAAUGCAAGUAAAAUGAUCGCCAAUUAUUGCAAA